AUCCUGGCCGAUCUCCCUUAGUGGCUCACGGACGAAGAAGAGGAGGAAGAAGCUCACGUGCGUCCGUUCACUUCAAGCUUCAACUAGACGUGGGCCAUUCAAAGGAGUUUUUGAGAUAAAGAAAUGGCUACGCGUAGCGAACGAAGGGAAUCAAUGCCUGAAGUAGAAGCUACCAGAAGAUCAUCCAAGGCUCAAGUAGAAGCUUCCCGAAGAUCACCCAAUCCUCAACUAGAACUACCCAGAAAGCCAUCAUUGGCUCAAGUAGGAGCUUCCAGAAGAUCACCCAAGCCUCAACUAGAACUACCCAGAAGGCCGUCCAUGACUCAAGUAGAUGCUUCCAGAAGAUCUCCCAAGCCUCAACUAGAACUACCUAGAAGGCCAUCCAUGGCUCAAGUAGGAGCUUCCAGAAGAACACCCAAGCCUCAACUCGAACUACCCAGAAAGCCAUCCAUGGCUCAAGUAGGAGCUUUAAGAAGAUCCCCCAAGCUUCAACUAGAACUACCCAGAAGGCCGUCCAUGGCUCAAGUAGAUGCUUCCAGAAGAUCACCCAAACCUCAACUAGAACUACCCAGAAGGCCAUCCAUGGCUCAGGUAGAAGCUUCCAGAAGGCCAUCUAUGGCUCAAGUAGAGGCAGCUCUGCAACCAAGAAGGCCAUCCGCUUUGCACGUCGAUCCACAACAGUACGUGAGCGCGCCCCAGCAAGCGAGACGGGGAUCCAACAAAUUAGUUGCUGCGGUGAAAAUCGUCAACUACAUGGACAAUAUUUGGAAGCUCGAAGAACCUCGGUCGUCAAUUUACUCCUCAUCUUCGGGAAAUCAUGGCUGGUAUUUGAAGCGAUGCUGCAUAUGUCUCUUACUGCUCGUGAGCAUGCUCACUAUCGCCCUAGCCAUCUACCUACUUACCGGACCUGCUGGAAAGUGGAUUACAUACACAGAGGACGCGACGACUCCUACCGCAUCACGUUACGUGCCACCGCAGGUACGGCAGGGUGUAAGCAACAUCGAGGAGUCUGAAACACCUGUCACGACGAACGCGGCCACAGUUUCAGGCGGAGUUGCGACCAAGUGUGAAAUGAACGCCACCGUUGAGCACUGCCCAUCAAAUGGUCGGCACAGCAGCACCGGGUACGUGUGUCCUGGAAAUGGCAGACCUUGCCAACCGGUCUGGAAGCCUGCCGAACGAUGCCUCGGUCCUCGAGGCCCGAGGUUCUCCACGCAGAAGCUCUGUGAGCUUCAUUGUUUCAAGAAGGGAGGUCCAUGCCAAAUUGGUCCUGAAAGUUGUCCCUGCACGGAGGACUACCGCGUCUUCAACUACGUCCACACGAAGGACAAGGGUUGCAUCCCCCUGGAGGAAGGACGGUGCUUGGUUAAGAAUAUCCGAGGCUACAGAUCCAAGGCCGACUGCGUUACGAGUUGCCAAGGAUUGACGUCGAGGGGCGCCCCCUGUAACCUGGAAGAAGUGAAUGCUGGACAUUGCACGUGGAGGGACAAGAUUUACAAAUUCUACUUCGACGUCGAGAAAAAAUCUUGCUUGCCGUGGAACGACGACAUUUGCCAGCCGGAUGCUUAUUCUAGUAUCGAACUCUGCAUGCAGAUGUGCAACUAGCCGCUGUCUCCUCCUCUAUACGACAUAAUGAACGCGUAUAGUGACCAGUACGCUUCUGAACAGAUUACUAGUAAAGAUGUGUAUAGAUG